AUGGUUGCCAUUUCCUCCCCACAUUUUGUAAUAUUCCCCUUCAUGGCUCAAGGCCACACUAUCCCCCUCCUCUACCUUGCUCGCCUUCUCUGGCAGCGCAAUGUCGCUGUCACGGUGUUCACCACCCCAGCUAACUCUCCAUCAAUCCGUGCUACUCUCCAUGACACUGCCAUCUCAAUUAUUGAACUACCUUUCCCAGCACAUGUUGAUGGCAUCCCUCCAGGGGUUGAAAAUACUGAUAAACUUCCAUCCAUGUUACUAUUUGUUCAAUUUGCAAAUGCCACGAAACUCAUGCAGCCACAUUUUGAGAAGGCACUUGAAGAUCUCAAACCCGUUGGCUGCAUAAUAUCUGAUGGAUUUCUAGGAUGGACUCAAGAUUCUGGCGCAAAGCUAGGAUUUCCAAGAAUUGGUUUCUAUGGAAUGAGCUGCUUUGCUACCACCAUGUAUGCGAUUAUUGGCCAAGAAAGGCCACAUGCACUUACUAUGUCACCUGAUGAGCCCUUUUCCAUCCCAAAUUUCCCUAAACUAACCUUGACAAGAAAUGAUUUCAAUCCACCAUUCAAUGAAAUUGAACCAAAAGGUCCAAUGGUUGAGUUCAUUACAGAGCAAAGUAUUGCAAUGGCAAAAAGUUACGGCAUGAUUCUCAACAGCUUCUACAAGCUUGAAGCAGCCUAUAUUGACUUCUGGAACAAAUGCCGUGGACCCAAAGCCUGGUGUGUUGGUCCUCUAGCGGAAGCCAAGCCGCCAGUAUUAUUAGCUGAAGAAUCUGCAAAGCCAAAGUGGAGGCACUGGCUUGACAAAAAAUUGCACAAUGGAAAGUCAGUUUUGUACGUGGCAUUUGGAACUCAGGCUGAAGUAUCCCAAGAGCAACUGCUUGAAAUUGCAAAUGGUCUAGAACAAUCUAAGGUGAAUUUCUUGUGGGUCAUAAAAUCAAAACGGCUGGAGAUCUUGCAAGGGUUUGAAGAAAGGGUGAAGGAUAGAGGGAUCAUAGUGAAAGAAUGGGUAGAUCAGAUGGAGAUACUUAGGCACGAGAGUGUAAAAGGGUUCUUGAGCCAUUGUGGAUGGAACUCAGUUACUGAAAGCAUGUCAGCUGGCGUGCCCAUCUUGGCGAUGCCAUUCAUGGCUGAGCAACAUCUGAAUGCAAGACUUGUAUCGGAGGAGGUUGGUGUAGGCCUGAGAAUUAUGCCAUGCAAUGGAUCAGUAAGGGGCUUUGUCAAGUCAUCGGAAGUGGAGAAGAGAGUGAAAGAACUGAUGCAAGGAACAAAGGGGGAGGCGGUAAGGAAAAAGAUGGAAGAGGUUGGAGAAGCUGCUUGUGAUGCAAUGAGAGAAGGUGGUUCCUCAUGGGAAACUCUAGAUCAACUCAUCCAUGAUAUAAGUAACUACACAAGAUUAACUCCUCUUAAUCAUGGAUUGGUAAGUGAACUUGGGACAGUUUCAGUUAGUUAA